GCCUUUGUGACUCAUUGUGUCUGUGUCGAGGCGUCGAGAGGGCCUAAGUCCGUGUGCGGUGCCCUUCGGCCGGCCUGAGCCCCAGAGUCAGCUCCCCUUUCUCGCCGAGCGCCCCCAGGCCGCUCCCGGGGCUCACGGAAUAGUUCAGAAACACAUCAUAAAACGUCUCCCAGGAUUUAAAGGCGAGCACAGACCCUGUUUGGAUCAAGUCAGUUCCUAGAGCUUGAAUGAUGACUGCUGAAUCACGGGAAGCCACGGGUCUCUCCCCACAGGCUGCACAGGAGAAGGAUGGUAUCGUAAUAGUGAAGGUGGAAGAGGAAGAUGAGGAAGACCACAUGUGGGGCCAGGAUUCCAGCCUACAGGACUCGCCUCCUCCAGACCCAGAGAUAUUCCGCCAACGCUUCAGACGCUUCUGUUACCAGAACACUUUUGGGCCCCGAGAGGCUCUCAGUCGGCUGAAGGAACUUUGUCAUCAGUGGCUGCGGCCAGAAGUAAACACCAAGGAGCAGAUCCUGGAGCUGCUGGUUCUGGAGCAGUUCCUUUCCAUCCUGCCCAAGGAGCUCCAGGUCUGGCUGCAGGAAUACCGCCCCGACAGUGGAGAGGAGGCUGUGACCCUUCUAGAAGACCUGGAGCUUGAUUUAUCAGGACAGCAGGUCCCAGGUCAAGUUCAUGGCCCUGAGAUGCUUGCAAGGGGGAUGGUGCCUCUGGAUCCAGUUCAGGAGUCCUCGAGCUUUGACCUUCAUCAUGAGGCCACCCAGUCCCACUUCAAACAUUCCUCUCGGAAACCCCGCCUCUUACAGUCACGAGCUCUUCCUGCCACCCACAUUCCUGCACCCCCUCAUGAGGGGAGUCCCAGAGACCAGGCAAUGGCAUCUGCGCUAUUCACAGCAGAUUCCCAGGCAAUGGUGAAGAUCGAGGACAUGGCUGUGUCCCUCAUUCUGGAGGAAUGGGGAUGUCAAAAUCUGGCUCGGAGGAAUCUCAGUAGGGACAACAGGCAGGAAAAUUAUGGGAGCGCGUUUUCCCAGGGUGGUGAAAACAGGAAUGAGAACGAGGAGUCAACCUCAAAGGCUGAAACUGCAGAAGACUCAGCAUCACAUGGGGAGACAGCAGGAAGAUUCCAGAAAGAGUUUGGAGAGAAACGUGACCAGGAGAGCAAAACAGGAGAAAGACAGCAGAAGAACCCUGAGGAGAAAACUGGGAAAGAGAAGAGAGAUUCAGGGCCAGCUACAGGAAAGGACAAAAGAACCACCACAGGAGAGAGAGGCCCAAGGGAGAAGGGGAAAGGAUUGGGAAGAAGCUUCAGUCUGAGCUCCAACUUCACCACCCCUGAAGAAGUUCCCACAGGAACAAAGUCUCACAGAUGUGAUGAAUGUGGUAAAUGCUUUACAAGAAGUUCCAGCCUUAUCCGCCAUAAAAUAAUCCACACUGGAGAAAAGCCCUAUGAAUGUAGUGAGUGUGGGAAAGCCUUCAGUCUUAACUCCAACCUUGUCCUGCAUCAGAGGAUCCACACAGGAGAGAAACCUCAUGAAUGUAACGAGUGUGGCAAGGCCUUCAGUCACAGUUCAAAUCUCAUCCUCCAUCAGCGCAUCCACUCUGGAGAGAAACCUUAUGAAUGUAACGAAUGUGGGAAGGCCUUCAGCCAGAGCUCAGACCUCACCAAGCAUCAGAGAAUCCACACAGGGGAGAAACCCUAUGAAUGUAGUGAAUGUGGAAAAGCUUUCAACCGAAACUCAUACCUGAUUUUGCAUCGGAGAAUUCACACUCGAGAAAAGCCCUACAAGUGCACUAAGUGUGGCAAGGCCUUCACCCGCAGCUCCACCCUCACUCUGCAUCACAGAAUCCACGCCAGAGAGAGAGCCUCUGAGUACAGCCCAGCCUCCCUUGAUGCAUUUGGCGCCUUCCUGAAAAGUUGUGUGUAAAGCAAGAAUUUGCCAUCAAGCCAUUUCCCCCUUUUGUUUCUAAAAUUAUUUCAGAGAUAUGUGCCCAUAGAGGGAAAAAGAAAUACAGCCUAAAUGGAUUAAAACACAAAAAUCACACUUCAGGAUCCUCCUGGUCACAUCAGCAGUGUUCUGCCUUUGUGUAGUAGUUAAGCAUAUAAUCCUUCCACACAGCCCCUGCAGGGAAAAGCUUAUCUGAUGGAUAAUCCACGUGAGAUUUCCACACAAGAUAAAAGCACAUGCAUAGUAAAAUGUCAAGCUUUUCAAGGUAACGAGGAUACCUUUAAGGCACUCUUUGACCCCGGCAACCACAACAUCAUAGUUAAAAGAUCAAGAUUGGCUCCAUGAACAUGAUAACGGAGGUUAAGAUGCUACUUAUUGCAAACAAGCCCUACUUUGGCCAACAUCUUGCUUAUUCCUCAAAAAAGAGGAAUAGUGAAAACAAAAACGACAUGGGGACAUGCUGCUUAAGCUAGUUAUAUAUAUGGUAAGUUAUAUAUGUGAUCACUGGUAGCCUACCAAAGCUAUAGAAAUCUAGGACUGUGCUAGUCAGUAUCAAACCAAAGAUUUCUAUCUCUCCUGAAAGAGAGGGUAUGUGCACCAGUCUACAGUUCCAAAGGACUGCAACAAAUGUAGAUGGUUCUAUCCUCAUUCCUGAGAUCAAUUCUACUGAAAUGGCAACAACAACUCAAAAUACUUCUCUCCCUUUUUGAAAUCCCUAAAGCACUAUAGAACUCCCAAAUGCAUUUCUCCGCAAGUUAGCACUUGAUUGUAUACUGUCUUUUAAUCCUUCAUUGUUUCAUGUAUGAAGUCUUUAAUCACCCCACCCCAAAAAAAGAUUCAGUUGUCAAGGGAUAUAUUUCUGUCCCUGCCAGCACAGUGCUGGACAUAGUGAGUGCUGAAAACCUAAGAAGUACUCAUUAAGACUGUAACAGGACUUCUGUGUGUGUGAUAAAAGCCUGUGAAUCGUGAGUCCCUGGCCUGGCUUCUAAAGAGGACCUUUGUAGCCACAAGGCAUGCUAAACGUCUAGGGUCUGAUGCUAUUUUUGUUCCAAAUAUAAACGAAAGGCACUGGUUAGCUGCCUGCAUAGACUUUCUAAACACAGAUCACUGAGUAAAUACCAUGGAAUGUCAGAAAUGACUCUAUCGUCGUCAUCUUAAAGAAGAAAAAUAACACUGACUAAGGUCAUUUUUUUUUUAAUCUCCUCCUGUGGCGAAGCUCUUAGAGUUCUUUUAGCUUCUGAACAGUGAUGAUUUGGGGAUUUUCUGAAUCAUUUGUAACUUAGAUACUGGAGCUCAGAAGAUGGGAUUUUUAUUGCUUUUCAGAAAAAGGAAUGUGGUAGAGAGCAUUUUUUUCCACACUUUUCCAGUAACUUUGCAAAAGCAUUAGUUGUUAACUGGCAAUUACUAAAUGUAUUUUAUUGCUCUGAGAAGCUCUCCACUGUACUGAGAUGUAUCUGGCUGUGUCAUCAUGAUGCACAGUGACUUUUCUGUUUCUUAUCACUAAAGAUCGAGGUGAAGUUAUGAAACUUCCAUUGGUCCCAUCGUCUGUGCAGAGGGCGCACUGCCUACCUAGAAGCUGAUGGCAGAGACUGUUUCACACACAGGAAACCCAAGUAUUGUGGGCUGUGUAGGUAGUCAUCGGCACUCAAGCAUAGGACAGCCCUGCAGAAACUUAGAAACAUAGACUGAGAACAGACCUCAAGACUAUCAGUGUGACCUCCCCAUAGCAAGAGAACCCCAUAUAUAGUUUGAGACUUGCCCUUAAGAAACUUACAUUAAAACUGUAUUCAUCAGUCAUUCACUGAUCAACGGCUAAUAUCCAUGGGACCAAAUGGUUUUAUGUGGCACCAACUAAGUAGGAGCUAAAAUUCUGCACAGUGGCCAUUCUUUGGCCUCUCCUUGACUUUAUGACUUAAAUCAACCACUAUAGAAGCUUCCAAGCAGUUUCAUCAAUGUUACUUGGGAAAACAUGUUGCAGGUUAACCAGUCACCAGGAUACUUCUACCCAUGCAACAGAAGGAAAACCUGUUACUCUGGAAGAGUAUAUCUAAGCAACUGUUUAUGGUAAAGUGGAGGUAGAAAAUGUAUUAAGGAUUUUCUUCAAAGAAUAAGCCACAGCGAUGGUUGUGUGGAAAACUGGUGCUUUUGAGCAAGGACUUUUGCCCUCUAGAAAGCAACUGAGGCCGGGCGCCAUGGCUCACACCUGUAAUCCCAGCACUUUGGGAGGCCAAGGUGGGUGGAUCACCUGAGGUCAGGAGUUCGAGACCAGCCUGGCCAACAUGGUCAAACCCCGUCUCUACUAAAAAUACAAAAAUUAGCCAGACAUGGUAGCAGGCGCCUGUAAUCCCAAGUACUUGGGAGGUUGAGGCAGGAGAAUCACUUGAACCCAGGAGGCAGAGGUUGCAGUGAGCCAAGAUAGUGCCAUUAUACUCCAUCCUGAGUGACAAGCAAAACUCUGGCUCAAAAAAAUAAAUAAACAAAUGAAAGUGAGGUGUGGAACUCCAGGCAACAACCCAAACACUGACCUUGUUUUUUAAAAGGGAAGGGACUUUGGUCAUGUUUACAUUGGCUUUUUUUUUUUUUCUUUCAGCCACAACUACAUGCUGAUAGAAUUUGGCCAUCAUUUUUGGGUUUUGUUUUUAAAUGGAAAAUGUGACCUGUGCCCUCACAUUUAAUUCCAUUUCAUUGGGACAUAUUCCUGACUUUGUUGGAUAGCUGCCACUGGGAUUGCUUCAGACCUUCAGCAUAUGCUCUCCUUGAAGCAGCUAUUUGAAAAUAUGUUUUCUGAGGAAAAAAAGGCUCCAGCUGUUUAUUAAAACCACUUGCAGUGCAUUCAUUUAUCAGAUGCUCAAUGCAAAGUGUAAUUGGGUCAUGGUCAAAAAAUGCAACAUCUCAUUGGCGUUCGAGAUAGUCAUUCAAAAGUUUUUGGCUGGCUGAAGUUUGUUAACAGUUGAAACACCCUACAGUUAACCAUUAGCAUGCCAGUUGUCCUAAUGGAAAUUUUGAAGAAUUUUUCAAUAUAUACCCUGCCCUUGCCAGGAAGAGAAGUAAAAUCUUCAGGUCAUGGCGUAUUUGUUUCUGCUCCAGCCUGGAAGGCAAGGCUAAAACCUGAGAAUAUUGAUGUAUGAGACAUCUUGAUAUUAAGGCACUUAAAGGCAUAAAAGUGAAACUGCUAAAUAUGUGUAGAGAGAUUGACGUGUGAUACAUAGGACAGUUCACAUAGACAUCAGAUAAUUUAUUCCAGAAAGGAACCUCUUGAAUGUGAUGAAUAUGGCAAAGCCUUUAAUCACAUCUCAGCCCUUAGCAUCAGAAAGCCUACACUGUAAAUAAACUUUAUGAAUAUUAUGAGUGAGGAAAACUUUCCUGUAUUGCUUCCUCAUUGCUUCAGACAGAAAAUGAAUUACGUCGGUAUGUUCCAGUCGUGAUGAAUUUGAGAAACACUGCAAGAGGGAGCUCAAUCGUGGCCCAGCACGGUGGCUCACACCUGUAAUCCCAGCACUUUGGGAGGCCGAGGCGGACAGAUCAUGGGGUCGGUAGUUCGAGACCAGCCUGGCCAACAAGGUGAAACCCUGUCUCUACUAAAAAUAAAAAAUUAGCCAGGUGUGGUGGCGCAUACCUGUAGUCCUAGCUACUCGGGAGGCUGAGGCAGGAGAAUCACUUGAACCUAGGAGACAGAGGUUGCAGUGAACUAUCAUGCCAUUGCACUCCAGCCUGGGUGACAAGAGUGAGACUCCGUAUCAAAAAAAGGGAGCUCAAUCUUAACUGCAGAGGAUGUACAGACUGAAAAAAAAAUGUGGGGAAAUGCUUUAAAAAAUUAGCAAAAUGUGCGACUUCUUACAAAAUUGUUAAUGUUGAGUAUUUCUAUAUAUUUUAUAAGACCAUAAUGUCCGUUUGUGUUUUGUACCUUCAGUCCCUGUUACUGUUCAGUGUAUUAUCUAUCUGUAAGCAGAUUCUGUGUUUUAUUUUAGUCUGUUUGACAGAACACAUCACUCCAAAAUGAAGUUUUGGAGUAAACAGUGAAGAAAUCGAUGUGGUUGUAGACAAAAAGUCAGUUCACAGAACAGAGCAGCGGGGAGAUGAAGGGAAAAGCUUCAUAGUUCGGUGCUUAUCAAAUCGAGAUUGGUACAUCUGUGAGGAAAGACAGGCUAAUGGGGCACUAAAAUGGAACAACUUUAAACAUUCAGUAUUUUGAGUUUUUCUUCAAAACCAAGAGGUUGACUUCUGAGCUGUCAGCUCACCAUUGCACACAAAGGGAUGGAUUCUUUUGUCAGCAGAGGGUCUUCUCCGUGAAGUGAGAGUGGGAAGUGUACAGGAAUGGCCAAGUGGGACUGCUUAAGCUGACCAGGUUCUCUAAAACGUACUCAUUCUUUCCCACUGACUCACUCUUAAAUCCUUAGGCUUAGAAAAUUGGGGAUAGGACUGGCCGGGCUCGGUGGCACACACCUGUAAUCCCAGCACUUUGGAAGGCCUUGGUGGGCGGGUCACUUGAGGUCAGGAGUUUGAGAUGAGCCUGGCCAAUCUCUACUGAAAAUACAAAAAUUAGCCCGGCACGGUGGUGAGCGCCUGUAAUCCUAGUUACUUGGGAGGCUGAGACAGGAGAAUCGUUUGAACCAGGGAGGCAGAGGUUGCAAUGAGCCGAGGGUGCACCACUGCCCUCCAGCCUGGAUAACAGAGUGAGACUGUCUCAAAAAAAAAGAAAAUUGGGGAUAGGAGAACAGCAAUAGGCAUUCUCUGGAACUGGAUGCAGAUGCAUCAUCGUGGCAUUGCAGGAAGCCUGCAAUUUUGCAGUAUUCCCGUGGCUGUGUUCCUGGGUUCACUGCUCCCACUUUUCUUCCCCUGGUCUAUGAUGAUUAGGAGAAAGGGUUGUGAAGAGUCAUUGCUGUGAAAGAAUUGUUUUUGAAUUUUUAUCCUAGAAUCAGUCACCUUUAUUCCAGGUAGUCAUGCUGAUCUGCUUAUCCAAAGCCAGCUAACCAGGUUCAUCCUCAUGAAAGACUCUGUAUGAGUUGGAAUAAUAGUACUGAAAUACACUCAAACAGUGACAGCAAUACUUGCCAGGGGGGCCAUAUUUCUCUGUGUCCUACUCUGAGCAACUUCUCAGAAUUACUUCUGAGGGGGCUGGGGUUUUCCCAUCUGGGAAAUCGAGUGAAGGUCUGCAGAUUGUUAAAUAUAGAAUUAGAGAAAAAGAAAAGUCAGUGGUAUAAAUAGAUCACUUCGUAGAAGUUAGGGUAGAUUUUUAUUUCAAAUACUGGAGAAUUUAAUAAAAAGCAUUAUUGUUUGAAAAGUUUUUCUAACAGAUUUAGUUUGUGUUUUUAGAAUGGACACUACUGUACAUUUAAAAGCAAUUAUUUUGCUAUUUAGAUUACUUUUUUAUUAUCUGAAAAUGAAACUAUCUUUUACUUUUCAAAGCUUUGUGAAACAAACUUGAAGUUAUAGGGAGAUAAGCCAUCUCCAAUUCUGCAGGUCAAACAGAAGUUUGGGAAAUACUUUUAACAUCCCACAAUACAGAAUGUCUUAACAUGAGAAUUGAAUUUCAUGUUGUCUGGUUCCAUUUAAUAGACACCACCCAAUCUCAUGUUUUCCUGUUAUCCUAAAACAAUGGAAGGAAACCAGGUGUUUGGUAGACUUCAUGGUCUGUGAUGAUUUUAAUCGGAGAUUCUCGCCUCCAUUUACUAAAGAAUCAUGACUCAAUUCAAAUUGCACAGUAAUCAGUAAAGUGAAUAUAUCUUUAAAAUGGAAUUUUCUCCCUUCAGCAAGCACUCAUUAAGCAGUGAGGCUGAGUAUUUUAAAAUAUAAAGAUAGAUAUGUAUGAGUGAUUGAAAGGUGGUAUUAAAAAACUUAGAUUUCAUUCCAGUUUUAGGUUUGGGUUUUAAGUUCCUUUGGUCCAGGGAAGGGUUCAGGCAGCCACAGUCGCCCUAAAUCACUGUCAUUAAGUCUUCCAGCAAGGUUAAGUGCGUUAUGGAAGGAAAAGGGGGAAGUGGACUGUAACAGCCUCUCCUGGGCUGAGGAAGAGUAAUGAGGAAGCCUGAGGAGGGGCCAAGGAAAGGCUGUUGGGAUGUGCUAUGGUUGGUACCCGAGUGCCUUCCCCUCACCUCAACCAGGGAAGAGCAUCCGGCUGCUUUUUAAAGUUUUUAGUCUGCCCUAGCAAAGACAAAGCAUGUUAGAUUAGAGAUGCUUCUGCUGAUUGCAGGGGUUCUUAUUUGAAAACAUAUGAGGGGGGUGGGGUGGGAGGAGGCAGAUUGUGGUUAUGCAGGAAAAUCUUGUCCUAAAAAUAUAUGAGUUUGGGGGUAAGGGGUGGGAUAUCCAAGCAAAAUUAGUAAUUAUUUUAAAAUGAACAUAUGUAUUUUUAUUAACUUUUAGUUAAAUAUAGAUUUUACAGUGAGGUGAGCAUAAGCCUAGAUCUAUAUAGAGAGCUAACUCAGGCAUCGUCUCGUUUAUUUGUAGACUAUUAAAAACAACCUGUCCUGUUUUGUCAUUUAGAAUAAAUUAGACCAAAAGAAGAAAUAUACUUGUCUCUGUAUACCCGCAGAAUGAAGUUACCAUUGUUAAGAACUGGAUUUCUCAUUUUACUAGGUUCCGAAGAGUCAGGAUGCUUGGUAGAUGUUCGGUAUGUGAUUUUAAAAAUUGACUUUGUUCACUUAAAGUUCUUCUUAACAUUUCUAGGAAGACUUCUUUCAAUAAAUAAUGGAAUCUUAGAGGAAAAGUGGGUUUUUAAAAGCUAGGAAACUCUCCACUAAAAGUAAUCAUUGGAAACCUCGUUGAGGUCUAAAGUUUUAAUCCUAAGAGAAAUGGCAGCAUAAUGAAACAUGUACACAUUUAUAGUCAGUGGUCCAUCUUAGGAGGCCAGUGGUGUCUGAUAAAGAAAUAUUAGAGUAGUGAGGUUGGGGAAGGAAAUUGUGGGGAUUUGUAAUAAAUACUCUAUGUUGUUUCUCUUCUGAGUCAUGGUAAAACAAUAAAUUAUCUCUAGGUGGCA